GGAGUUGGUUUUCCCAUUUUUAGUAUUGACACCCCUUCGUCAUCCCAUUGCCAUUUGCACGAGGGAGAGAGAAGUUUUGGUUCUCCGGCGCAGAGGCAGCGGUUUUCUGUACUAGUCAGGAUGGUGCGGAAGAAGAGAGGUGAUGGAAGCGGUGAGAGCUCCGAGUCCCAUGAAGUUGGUGCAGGGGGAGGCCGUGGUCCUCAGCGUGGUGGUUACCACCAAGGAGGUGGUGGGCGAAACCAAGGUGGAAGGGGAUGGAGUCCUCAGUCUCAGCACACUGGUGGUGGUGCGGGUCGAGGGCAUGGCCCACCUCAGCAACAACAAUUUGGUGGACCACCAGAGUUCCAGGGAAGGGGAAGGGGUGGCUCACCACAUCAAGGAGGUCGUGGUGGUCAUGGCGGUGGCCGUGGAGGUGGACCUGCUCCUGGACCACAGAGACAAUCAGUUCCCGAGCUGCACCAAGCUACCUCACCUAUGUUACGACCGGUGUCUUCUCAGCCCCCACCGUCCGAGGUGAGUCCUACUCAGAGGGCUGAGCCUUCUGCUUUAUCACACCAGUUUCAACAGCUUUCUGUCCAGCAAGAAGCUCCCAGCCAGGCAGUCCAGCCUUUGCCAUCUUCUAGCAAAUCUGUCAAGUUUCCUCUCCGGCCUGGUCCGGGCAUCGCUGGCAAGAGAUGCAUUGUUAAGGCAAACCAUUUCUUUGCUGAAUUGCCUGACAAAGAUUUGCACCAAUAUGAUGUUACCAUUACUCCCGAGGUUUCAUCCAGAGGCGUCAACCGGGCUGUGAUGUAUCAGCUUGUGAAAUUGUACCGUGACUCACACCUUGGCAGGCGUCUUCCGGCCUAUGAUGGUCGAAAGAGUCUGUAUACUGCUGGACCACUUCCAUUUGUCUCCAAGGAGUUCAAAGUUACCCUAGUUGAUGAGGAGGAUGGAUCAGGGGGACAAAGACGAGAGCGGGAUUUCAAAAUCAUCAUCAAACUUGCCGCACGAGCUGAUCUGCAUCACCUAGGAUUGUUUUUACAGGGGAAGCAAGCUGAUGCGCCACAAGAAGCUCUACAGGUCCUCGACAUUGUUCUCCGUGAGCUGCCAACUACCCGGUAUUGCCCUGUGGGCCGGUCAUUUUAUUCCCCUCGUCUAGGGAGAAAGCAAACUUUGGGUGAAGGUUUGGAAAGCUGGCGUGGGUUUUACCAAAGCAUUCGUCCUACACAGAUGGGUCUUUCACUGAAUAUCGAUAUGUCAUCGACAGCUUUCAUUGAGCCACUUCCUGUCGUUGAAUUUGUGUGCCAGUUGUUGAAUCGGGAUAUUUCAUCCCGACCUUUAUCUGAUGCUGAUCGUGUGAAGAUCAAAAAGGCCCUUAGAGGUGUCAAGGUUGAAGUGACGCACCGCGGGAAUAUGCGCAGAAAGUACCGUAUUUCUGGCUUGACUUCCAUGGCCACUCGAGAACUGACUUUCCCUGUUGAUGAAAAGGGCACCCUGAAAUCUGUUGUUGAAUACUUCCACGAAACAUAUGGUUUCCGUAUUCAGCACAUUCAGUUGCCAUGCUUGCAAGUUGGGAAUCAGAACAGGCCAAAUUAUUUGCCAAUGGAGGUAUGCAAGAUUGUAGAGGGCCAGCGAUACUCAAAGAGGUUGAAUGAGAGGCAGAUUACUGCUUUGCUGAAGGUGACCUGUCAACGCCCUCAAGAACGAGAAAAUGAUAUCAUGCAGACGGUUCAUCACAAUGCCUACGGUGAAGAUCCUUUUGCUAAGGAGUUUGGCAUCAAAAUUAGUGCUAAUCUUGCGUCGGUGGAGGCUCGUAUACUUCCUCCUCCAUGGCUUAAGUAUCACGAUUCUGGUAGGGAAAGGAAGUGUCUGCCACAAGUUGGACAGUGGAACAUGAUGAACAAGAAAAUGGUCAAUGGAGGAACUGUGGAUCAUUGGAUGUGCAUCAACUUUUCUAGGCAAGUGCAGGAUAAUGUGGCACGUACUUUUUGUCAGGAACUUGCUCAGAUGUGCUACAUAUCUGGCAUGGUAUUUAAUCCUGAGUCAGUGCUCCCACCAGUCACUGGUCGUCCUGAGUAUGUAGAAAAGGUUUUGCGAACUCAAUAUCGUGAUGCCAUGGCCAAGCUUCAACCUCAAGGGAAGGAACUUGAGCUCCUUAUUGUUAUUCUGCCUGACAACAAUGGAUCGUUAUAUGGUGAUCUAAAACGGAUCUGUGAAACAGAUCUUGGGAUUGUUUCUCAGUGCUGUCUGACCAAGCAUGUUUUCAAGAUGAGCAAGCAGUAUUUGGCCAAUGUGGCCUUAAAGAUAAAUGUAAAGGUCGGUGGAAGGAACACCGUGCUUGAUGAUGCAAUAUCAAGGCGGAUUCCUCUAGUCAGUGAUCGGCCUACCAUAAUUUUUGGAGCUGAUGUCACUCAUCCUCACCCUGGAGAAGAUUCUAGCCCCUCUAUUGCUGCUGUGGUCGCCUCUCAAGACUGGCCUGAGAUCACAAAAUAUGCUGGUUUGGUUUGUGCUCAAGCGCAUAGGCAGGAGCUCAUUCAAGAUUUAUUCAAGGAGUGGAAGGAUCCUGUGAGAGGCACAGUGACUGGUGGCAUGAUAAAGGAGUUACUGAUUUCCUUCCGUAGAUCAACUGGACAUAAGCCACAGAGGAUCAUAUUCUACAGGGAUGGUGUCAGCGAAGGGCAGUUCUAUCAAGUACUUCUCUAUGAACUUGAUGCUAUCCGUAAGGCCUGUGCUUCUCUGGAACCCAAUUAUCAGCCUCCUGUCACUUUUGUCGUUGUUCAGAAGCGUCACCACACAAGGUUGUUUGCUAGCAACCACCGCGAUCGCCAAUCGGUGGAUAGGAGUGGAAAUAUAUUACCAGGGACGGUUGUGGAUUCUAAAAUUUGUCACCCCACGGAGUUUGAUUUCUAUCUCUGCAGCCAUGCUGGUAUUCAGGGGACUUCGAGGCCAGCUCAUUACCACGUGCUUUGGGAUGAGAACAACUUCACUGCAGAUGCAUUGCAGACUCUGACAAACAACCUCUGCUACACUUAUGCGAGGUGCACCCGUUCGGUUUCCAUUGUGCCGCCGGCAUACUAUGCACACCUGGCGGCAUUCAGGGCACGUUUCUACAUGGAGCCGGAGACAUCGGACAGUGGUUCAAUGACAAGUGGAAGUGUAGCUGGUCGUGGGAGGACCUCCACCCGGGGAGCGAGUGCCAGUGUUAGGCCUCUUCCUGCCCUUAAGGAUAAUGUGAAGCGUGUCAUGUUCUACUGCUGAAAGGUGAACAAGCUCUUGUUGACCCAAGUGGUGUAUGUUUGUUUUGGUUUCGGUUUGUGUUCUACCGCUGAAUGAUGAUGGAGCUCUUUGUGACCAUUUGGUGUUUGCUUUGUUUCUGGGUUCCCUCUUUUCUCGCUUAAAGACUUUGAAAAACUUUGUAAACACGUGGAUGAUGUGCUUUUGCUGUUUGUGCAAAAUUUCUCGUUAACGUUAUGAUUA